AAAAAAGAGUAACCAUUCAACGCAACGUGUGGAGUGGGAAAGGAAAAAGGGAAGAGUUUACCGUUCAAAAUGGUUCUCCCAAAUUUAGUUCGAGGCCUAUAAAUAUAUCUCAAAGAGCCUCGCGAGCUCUUCACAUUACCAUUCCCUCCCUUUUUGUGUCUUCACAAAUCCACCAUUCUUCUACCUUCGACAAUUUUGUAAGACCAAGUUACCAGAAAUCCAUGGGGACUGUUGUCGAGUCUGCUAACCAGGGAGCAGUAAGCUUGCCAACCAACAAGAAGGUCACCGUUAUCUUUGUUCUAGGUGGCCCAGGCAGUGGUAAGGGCACCCAAUGUGCUAAUAUUGUUGAACACUUUGGGUACACCCAUCUUAGUGCUGGUGAUCUUCUCCGAGCAGAAAUAAAAUCUGGUUCAGAGAAUGGGACGAUGAUUUCGAACAUGAUUAAAGAAGGGAAGAUUGUUCCGUCAGAGGUAACAAUUAAGCUUCUCCAACGAGCAAUUCAGGAAAAUGGCAAUGACAAAUUUCUUAUUGAUGGUUUCCCCCGGAAUGAGGAGAAUCGUGCUGCUUUUGAGUUGGUCACUGGAAUUGAGCCUGAGUUUGUGCUCUUCUUUGAUUGUCCUGAAGCAGAGAUGGAGAAACGCCUUUUAGGUCGGAACCAGGGAAGAGAAGAUGAUAAUAUUGAAACAAUAAAGAAGCGAUUCAACGUUUACAUGGAAUCUAGUCUACCUGUUAUUGAACAUUACAACUCCAAGGGGAAGGUUCGAAAGAUUGAUGCUGUAAAGCCUGUUGGAGAAGUAUUUGAAGCCGUUAAAGCUGUUUUUGCCCCAUCUAAUGAGAAGGUUGCUGCCUGAGAAUUCAUUAGUAGAGAGGCAUCACAAUUAAUUGCUAUGGUAUAUCAGUAUUGUUUGAAUAUUGGUGCUUGCUGUGUGUCUUCAGCAGCAAAACGAUGUAUCUUUAUAGAUUCUACUUUUUUAUACGAAUUUAUGCAAAAUUUUCUUUGUUUUUCCUCUAUUUUUUUGUUUCUUUUGAAGGAAACACAAUGUUGUAUUAUUAGCUUAUUGUCUCUGUAUUGUUAUCCUUGUCGAUUCUGAUAUCUGAUAAAUAAGAUUAUAAGAGUUUCUCGUC